AUGGCAGCUCUCAACCUCACCCCCUCUGACCCUUCAACCUUCAUCCUAACGGGAAUCGCUGGCCUGGAAACUGUCCACAUCUGGAUUUCCAUCCCUUUCUCUACAUUCUACAUUAUCGGCCUGUUUGGAAAUUUCACAGUUCUGUUUGUUGUAGGCAAAGAGCAGACCCUGCACAAGCCGAUGUACCUGCUGAUCUGCAUGCUGGCACUCACAGACAUUGGCACGUCUACCUCCAUUAUACCAAAGGCUCUGUGUAUAUUUUGGUUCAAUUUGAAAGGCAUUACUGUGUGUGGCUGCCUCACCCAGAUGUUCUUUCUUCAUGCGGCUACUGCUAUGCACUCAGCUGUCCUCGCGACAAUGGCCUUUGAUCGCUACAUUGCCAUAUGUAACCCUCUCAGAUAUGCUACCAUCCUCACCAAUGUACGAAUAGUUAAGCUAGGGCUAGUGGGUUUGAUAAGAACUGUUCUCUUCAUUCUGCCUCUGCCCUUGCUCCUGACCAGGCAGCCAUUCUGUACCAACCGCAUUAUCCCCCAUACGUACUGCGACCAUAUGGCUGUGGUGAAGAUGUCAUGUGGGGACACCACAUUUGAUGGGAUUUAUGGCUUAGUGGUAGCAUUCAUAGUCAUUGGGUCAGACCUGACGCUCAUUGCCCUGUCCUAUGGUCUGAUCAUCAGGGCUGUCCUCAGAAUCUCCUCCAAGACAGCCCACCACAAAGCCCUCAACACCUGCACAGCGCACAUCUGUGUGAUGCUCAUGUCUUAUACUCCCUUCCUCUUCACCUCUAUGGCACUCCGGUUCGGUCAGGACAUCGCUCCCCAUGUCCACAUCAUCUUGGCCAACCUCAACUUCCUUGUCCCCCCCAUGCUCAACCCUAUCAUUUAUGGGGUUAAAACCAAAGAACUUCGUGACAAAGUGGGCAAAUACACUAGCAGAAGGUGA